AUGAAUACGUGCCCAAACACGUUGAACAGCAGCCACAAGCCUCUUAACAAGCUUGACUUCCUUUUUUCCUGCGGGAUCUGCUCGGGCGUUCGGGAUCCAGCAGCAUUUUCGCAGACUCAAUGGCUACCGUGGCAUCUCUCAUCAUCUCACAGUUCAAGCGCAGCCUCCUUUGAGGCAGCUUCAAGACGGGCACGAACGGCGUCUCGCACGUCAACUGGGCAGGCCCUAGGCGGACGCUGGCAGCCGAACUACCUGUCAGAGAGAUGCUGGAGUGGAGCGUGGGUCCAAGGCCACAAUGCCAAGCACGUGGAGGCCCAUGCACUCCAAGUGCCCUGCCACUGCCUGGGCCACAUUCACGCCGAGCGAGUGCCCGCUCAAGAUCACCUGGAAACUUCCGCCCGAACCGUGGAGGACAUGGACGACAUGGAGGGCAUGGAGAACCCAAGAAGGGCCCUUAGCAGCAACGCAGCGGGCGCUGCCAAGCGCAAGGCUUCCUCCACAGAUGCCCACCGAACAGCUGGCACUUGCAAGGAACAUGCCGGCCAUGUCAGCAUACGACUGGGGAACAGCUGCCUGUCGCACUGCUCCCAAGAACAAGACAAGGGCAGCAUCCCUUCCGUUCCUUUUGUGUGCAUCCUCUCGUGGCAGAGUUGUUUCCGUCGAUGCCUUGAUCCCGGGCCUGCGAAGACGCCCUGCGCGACGCAGUGGAGGUCGAUGCCCAAGGACCAAGCAUGA